UUUUAUGUUUUGUCUGAACUCUUAACUCCACUAACCAGAAUCCUUUUGGCGCAGAUCUGAAAGAGAGAAAGAGAGAUAACAGUUUCUCUUCACUUCUCUUUACUGUCUCCCUCUCUCGACUUUGUUUUCAGAUCUUUUGGCAUAACUUCCACAGCCGAGAAAUCUACUGGAAUUGUUCGUAUUUCGAUCUGGCGUAGCAGUAAGGUACGGAUUUAGAUCUCUCUUACUUUUCGAUUUUUCAAUUGAACACGUUGAAUAGAAGAAUGGAAAUGCUUAGGAUCUAGGGCUUCGAAACAGCAGUUGUAGAUUAGCUUCUCGGAUUUGAAGAAACUAUCAUAGAGAAUGGAGAAAUCUUGCUCGUUGCUUGUUCACUUCGACAGUUCAACUCCUGCUCUCGCUAACGAGAUCAAGGAGGCUCUAGAAGGGAACGAUGUUCCCGCCAAGAUCGAAGCAAUGAAGAGCGCUAUCAUGCUUUUGUUGAACGGAGAAACCAUCCCUCAGCUGUUCAUCACUAUUAUUCGAUAUGUCUUGCCUACCGACGACCACACGAUCCGGAAGCUUUUGCUUCUUUACUUGGAGAUCAUCGAUAAGACGGAUUCGAAAGGAAAAGUACUCCCGGAAAUGAUUCUCAUAUGCCAGAAAUUGAGGGAUAAUCUCCAGCACCCGAACGAAUACAUCCGUGGCGUCACUCUUAGAUUCCUUUGUCGUAUGAACGAGACCGAGAUCAUUGAGCCAUUGAUCCCUUCGGUUUUGUCCAAUUUAGAACAUCGCCAUCCUUUUGUGCGGAGGAAUGCGAUCCUCGCUAUCAUGGCCAUCUACAAACUUCCCCAAGGUGAGCAGCUUCUUGUCGAUGCACCUGAAAUGAUCGAGAAGGCGCUUUUGUCUGAGCAGGACCCGUCAGCAAAGCGGAACGCCUUCCUUAUGCUCUUCAAUUGUGCUCAGGAUCGUGCGGUCAACUACCUCUUCACCCACGUUGACAGUGUCCCUGAGUGGGGGGAACUCCUUCAGAUGGUUGUGCUGGAGCUGAUCCGCAAGGUUUGCAGAACGAAUCCGGGAGAGAAGGGGAAGUACAUUAAGAUCAUUAUUUCGCUACUGAAUGCCCCCUCCGAAGCUGUUAUUUAUGAGUGUGCUGGCACACUUGUUUCACUCUCCUCUGCUCCCACGGCUAUCAGAGCUGCCGCCAAUACUUAUUGCCAGCUUCUGCUCUCUCAGAGUGACAACAAUGUUAAGCUUAUUGUUCUUGAUAGGCUGAAUGAGCUUAAAUCUUCUCAUAGAGAUGUUAUGAUUGAUAUGAUCAUGGAUGUGCUUAGGGCUCUUUCUAGCCCCAACCUUGACAUUCGCAGGAAAACACUUGAUAUUGUGCUUGAACUAAUUACUCCUAGGAAUAUUGAUGAAGUCGUUCUUACUUUGAAGAAGGAAGUCGUGAAGACUCAGAGCACGGAGCUUGAGAAGAAUGGGGAGUACCGACAAAUGCUGGUUCAGGCAAUACAUACUUGUGCUAUUAAAUUCCCUGAGGUGGCAAGCACGGUGGUUCAUCUAUUGAUGGAUUUCUUGGGGGAUAGUAAUGUUUCUUCAGCCAUGGAUGUAGUCGUUUUUGUGCGAGAGAUAAUUGCUACUAACCCAAAAUUAAGAGUUUCUAUAAUAAUGAGGCUCUUGGACACUUUCUACCAGAUUCGUGCUACAAGAGUUUGUGCUUGUGCUCUUUGGAUCAUUGGAGAAUACUGUCUCUCUCUUUCAGAAGUUGAGAGUGGGAUUGCUACCAUCAAGCAAUGUCUUGGAGACCUCCCGUUCUACACAGCUACAGAAGAACAAAAUGCUGUAGAUGCUCCAAAACAGCCUCCACAAGCAAAUUCUAUCACUGUAUCCUCCAGAAGACCUGCCAUUCUUGCAGAUGGUACCUAUGCAACCCAGAGUGCUGCAUCAGAAAUUGCUGUUGCUCCUCCUUCCCUUGUUGCAGGGUCCUUAUCAUCUACUGGGAAUUUGAGGUCACUCCUUCUUAUUGGUGACUUCUUCCUUGGGACAGUCAUUGCCUGUACGCUAACAAAACUCGUUUUGAGAUAUGGAGAGGUUCAGCCAUCUAAAGUUGAAGUGAACAAAGCAUCUAGUCAGGCCUUAUUAACCAUGGUCUCUAUGUUGCAGUUGGGACAUUCUUCAGUUCUUCCACAUCCAAUUGACAAUGAUUCUUAUGAUAGGGUUGUCCUUUGCAUAAGAUUGCUAUGCAAUACUGGCGAUGAAAUUAGAAAAAUAUGGUUGCAGUCAUGCCGUCAAAGUUUUGUUAAAAUGCUUGCAGAUAAGCAGCUGCGGGAAACAGAGGAAAAUAAAGCUAAGGCUCAGACUUCUCAUGCACAACCAGAUGACCUCAUUGACUUCUACCAUUUGAAGAACAGGAAGGGCAUGAGCCAGCUUGAGUUGGAAGACCAGGUCCAAGAUGAUCUAAAACGUGCCACUGGAGACUUCACCAAGGAUGGUGAUGAUGAAAAUAAGCUCAACCGCAUACUUCAACUUACAGGAUUUAGUGAUCCUGUGUAUGCCGAAGCAUAUGUUACAGUUCAUCAUUAUGACAUUGUCCUUGAUGUUACGAUCAUUAACCGAACUAAGGAAACCUUACAGAAUUUGUGCUUGGAGUUGGCAACCAUGGGUGAUCUCAAGCUUGUGGAACGUCCACAGAACUAUACACUAGCUCCAGAAUCAAGCAAGCAGAUAAAGGCCAACAUUAAGGUCUCAUCAACUGAAACAGGAGUAAUAUUUGGGAACAUUGUUUACGAGACAUCCAAUGUGCUUGAGCGAACGGUUAUUGUCCUCAAUGACAUCCAUAUAGAUAUCAUGGACUACAUCACUCCAGCAAGCUGUGCUGAUUGGACAUUUAGAACCAUGUGGGCUGAGUUUGAGUGGGAAAACAAGGUGGCUGUGAACACUGUUAUUCAAGAUGAGAAGGAAUUUCUGAAUCACAUUGUCAAGUCCACAAACAUGAAAUGCCUUACUCCACCGUCGGUUCUGGAUGGAGAAUGUGGAUUCCUCUCUGCUAACUUGUAUGCAAAGAGUGUGUUUGGAGAGGAUGCUUUGGUAAACCUGAGCAUUGAGAAACAAGCAGAUGGGAAGCUCAGUGGAUACAUAAGGAUAAGGAGCAAGACACAGGGGAUUGCCCUAAGUCUGGGGGACAAAAUCACGCUCAAACAGAAAGGAGGAAGCUGAUGAAUAAGGAGCAUUAUCAGUCUUUCUUGUUUGUGUCGCUUUCCUGCAGAAUUCAAUAUUUGUUUACUUCUGCUCUCUGAUUACUUUUUUGAGCUGCAACUUUUCUGCAUUGGAAGUUUACGAGUUACCUAUGUCAGGAUUGGUAUGCAACUUGGAUGGGUUGGGGCCAACUCAAACACAGCCCUAAGAUUUGAAUAGUCAAAACACAAUGCAUAUAUACCUGAUCAAAAUUCUUGGUCCAAGUCCAAAUCCAAGUUUAGUUUAUCCUAAUUGGCUUUGCUUCUAUUCUUAUGUUACACUAUUAUGUAAACUAAAUUGAACCAUGUAAAACUCAAUACCGGGAAUCCUUUUAGAUACAAAAUAAUGUUAUCAUUCUUAUA